AAAUAAACCAUCCAGACCGUGGCAGACCGUGUCACAGUGUCACUCGUGGGCUAUUAUAUCGAUAAGAUCAAAAGGUCGUUGGCGAUUCCCACAUUCCUCCCUGAGGUUCCACUCCCCGAAUCGCGGACAGCCGCUCCACAACGGCCGCCAUAGUUUCAAGGCAGAUCGCAGCAAUUUGGGCAAUCAAACUAGGUAUCAAGGCGCAGCAGCAGGCACCACUAGGUCUACGCUCGGGGGUUUUAUAAGAAAUGGCGUCCCCCCAACCGGGCGCGUCGCCCAGACGCAGUCGGGGCUUCAGUUUCAGUGGUCGGUCUGAACGUUCUCACCGGUCCAGUGGUUCUGGGAAUCUUUCAAAUAAAGAUAAAGUCCAUCUCACGGAAUCGCACGAGGAUAAAGUCCGCCGCAACUUGCAUACCAAAGCUGAUCCAACGGUUGCUAUGAGCGAAGCACAACCCAUGGCGGUCGCACUCGAAAAAUCCAAUUUGGGUUCCUUACGGGCCAUACAACACAAGGAUCAAUAUGGAAACCCAAUAGUCGAGCCCGAUAUUUCGAACCCAACUCGUCCUCGAUUUGAACGGCCGCUUGACACUAUUCGAUCGUUCGAGGCUGCCAUCUAUGGACCUAUUACUUCCAGACCGACUUCCUACGUGAAGACAGACAAUGGAUCAACACCUGGUGAAUACAGUAAACGGGGCAGCUACUUUGGAGCUCCCAAUGGAAACGGAUACUCCAGAGGCUAUGAAAAUGCAUAUGGACGUCCAAACCCAUCGCGACCGAACAGCUACAUUGACAACCAAAUGGCUGCCCAAGCAGAUGCAUAUUAUCCCUACAACAACAACGGUUACAGCAAUGGUUACGGCAACGGUGGUCGACCUCGAAGGCGCCACAGCCCGCGCUCGAAUUUGAAUCCAGAACAAGCGGUGUACAACCACCCUGCUCAGAAUGGAUAUCAUCACGGUCCGCAAAGAUCGCAUGAUACCACAGCCGCAGCAUCUGGGAGCAGCACCGAACCAUGGAACAACUCCACCAACCCCAGCUCGGUAAACAGCUCGCUCGACCAACUCCAACAGCAACAACAACAGCAGCAACAGCAACGCCAACAACAACAAAAGAUCGCAGAGAGCUAUGGCUUCUCAGGAUUCGGCCCGGAGCCGAAUCUCGCCAAUAACGCCGCCCCACCAGCUCCCCGACAUACCUUCGGGCAAGCUCCUCCAUCUACAGACCCCAACGCCGGCGGUCCUGUUGGAGGAGUACCACCCACAGCUACACCUGCAGCACCUGCCCUCGGCAACCGUCGCAGUCUUCGCAAGUCAACCAAUCUAUCUGAAACCGGCGACAAGCGAAAGAGCUGGUUCAAGAGGAAAUUCACCAAGAGCUAGACUCGCCUUUUCUCUAUC